AUGGAAGGAAUCACUCAUACUAUACCUCGAACUGUCGAAGAAGUCUUUAGUGACUUCAGAGGUCGACGAGCUGGUCUGAUUAAAGCUCUCACAAACGAUAUGGUGAAGUUUUACCAAACGUGUGAUCCUGAGAAGGAGAAUUUGUGUCUCUAUGGACUUCCAAAUGAGACAUGGGAGGUUAAUCUUCCAGUCGAGGAAGUUCCUCCUGAGCUUCCUGAACCAGCUUUAGGCAUUAAUUUCGCAAGAGACGGAAUGCAAGAAAAGGACUGGGUAUCUUUGGUCGCAGUCCACAGUGAUUCAUGGCUGCUUUCUGUUGCAUUUUACUUUGGUGCACGGUUUGGAUUUGGUAAGAACGAAAGGAAGAGGCUUUUCCAGAUGAUAAAUGAGCUCCCAACCAUUUUCGAGGUUGUGACCGGCAAUGCAAAGCAAUCCAAGGAUCAAUCUGCUAACAACAACAAUAGCAAAAGCAAAUCUAGCGGCGUGAAGUCGCGCCAAUCCGAAUCCCUCACAAAGGUUUCAAAGAUGUCAUCACCACCGCCAAAAGAAGAAGACGAUAGUGAAGAUGAGGACGAAGAAGACGAUGAACAAGGAGCUGUUUGUGGCGCGUGUGGAGACAGCUACGGUACAGAUGAGUUCUGGAUUUGCUGCGACGCGUGUGAGAAAUGGUUCCAUGGGAAAUGUGUGAAGAUAACACCAGCAAAAGCAGAACACAUCAAGCACUACAAAUGCCCAAGUUGCAGUAACAAGAGAGCUAGACCUUGA